AUGCUUUUUCAACUUUUUUUUCAGAUUGCUUUCUCACUUCAAGGUAAAUAUCGAAAUGGAGACAUAGUUGUUGCUUAUUUCGGUAACAUUGGCUUCCCAGAGAAGCCAGCAGAAGCGGAAAGAUUAAAACGGAUCACAGCGUUCAGAGAUUUAAAUAUAAACAACAAAAUCCGAUAUUGGUCAACCACUGGUGAUAAAUUACUUGGAAUUCAUUUGAAAGACAUUGGAAUUCAUCUGAGAGUUAACCAACCACAACAAAACGUAACAAUAUUUAAAAAGAUAUUAUCGCCAUUCGAUGUAACAUCGUUCAAAUUAGCCGUUAGCUCAUAUUAUAACUACGAAAUUUUUUUGGAUGAUAUUUUAAAAUAUUACGAAAUUGGGAGAAUGACACCAGGAGGACCUGAAUUAGCAACGAGAAUGGAAUUCACAGUAUUCCUACAUGAUAAUUGUAUCGUAGAUUUCAAAGUAGAAAUGUGCGAGUAUCAAAGAAUCGUAACGAAGAUGGAUUUAGACUUCCAGUACUCAGUGAGAUACGAAUCGAUAGAAAAGUUCAAUAAAACAGAGACAAAACCAAGGCAAAAGUACUUUGAAAAUGAAAAAUCAGUUUGCCUUAAUAUUGUAUUAACAAUUCUAUUCAUACUAUAUGUAAAGUCGCUUUACAAUCAAAUGAUGUCUGAUUUCGAACAUUCAACUCAGUUAGAUUUACAAGAUUUGACUUUUUCAGCUGAUAGAGGAUGGAAGAUCCUUCAUGGAGAUGUAUUUCGGUCACCAAAGUACAGCUCAUUACUAUUUAUGCUUGCUUCUCAUGGUUUGUCGUUAGUUAUUUCAGUAAUUGGCACAUUUGGCUAUUGUAUGGCCAAAGGAAUACCUAGAAAGAGUGGAACACGUAUACAAUUAUUUUUAUUCUCAUAUAUUGCUGGAAAUGUCCUCUGCGGAUGGUUUGCAGCUGCAAUUUCUUUCUUAUUUUCACAAAAGAAAUGGUUGCGAUUAGUUUUCGGAGCAAACAUAAUUCCCAAUAUAAUAUACGUAGGAAUUAUAUGGUCUGUAAAGAUAUUUGCUGAUGAAAGUUCUCCAUUUGCACUAUCUGUACCAAAUAUUAUUGGAUUGACCAUAUUUUACCUACUACCUUCAUUCGGAGCUUGUAUAUUCGGCAGUAUUAUUGCAUUAAAAGAGAGAUUUGCCGAUAUUACUGCAAAAGAAAUCGCUGUUGUGCCAAGAAUCAUUCCAAAACAGCCAUGGUACACAACAUCGUUUUUCUUAUGCUUUGUAUCAGCAAUUAUCAUCGGAAUAAUGAUGAUUCCAAAUCAAUUUAUUCUAUAUCAGUAUCUCUGGAAGGGAAAAACCGCCGUCACUUUUUCUGAUUUAACAUCAUGUGUUUUUUGCAUUUUUAUCGUCAGCGGGUGCUUGUCAAUAUACAAUACCUUCCUCAGAUUGCAUAACGAGUCAUAUAAUUGGCAAUGGAUCUCGUUUUUGGCUCCUUUCUCCUCAUUUUUCAUUAUAAUACUUUAUUCGGUUUUCUAUUUCUACUUUAAGAUCGAAAACAUGAGGCAUGAUGGAUGCGUUGUCUACUUUGCGUUUACUGCUUUCUUUUCUUUAGUUUGCGGAUUGAGUUGUGGCGGAAUUGGAGUUUUGACAUCGACAAUCUUCAUAAGAAGUGUAUUCUCCAAUAGCAAGCUCGAUUAA